AUGGAGACGCCGAAGAAAGGGAAGAAAGCGUGCACCGAGUGCCGCCAGCAAAAGGCCAAAUGUGACGUCUAUUUGAAUCCCGACGAGCCAUGUACUCGGUGCCGCAAAGUCAACGCAGCCUGCGUCGUAUCCGACCCGUUCAAGAGAGAGCACAAGCGCAAGCGCAUCUCCGACCUCGAACGGGAAUCAGAGGAUCUGCGACGCAAGCUUCGAGCCUCGCAGCCGGCCGGUCCUCACCCGUCGCCGAUUGCUCUUCUGACCGCGGCGGCGGAGAUGGGCGUGCAUACACCUGCCAGCGAUGCGCUCUCGGGAUCACCCCAGCCUCUUCCUUCGUACCCGCCGCAGCUCCUUCCGCCGACCGGCCUGGAGAACGGUGCCCCGGUACCGGCAUUGGAUGGGGAUACCACCAAGCCACGCACCCUGAACGGCAUCCAGGUCAGCGGAGAGGAGGCCGAUGAUCUCUUUCAGCUCUUCUUCCGGUAUUAUGCCCAAUUUCUUCCCAUUCUCGACCCGCAGACGCGGCCGAAUACAUACUAUGAACAGUCACCGUUCCUCUUCUGGGCCAUUAUCGGUGUGGCAUGUCGGGCCUAUUCUCGCAAUCCGACGCUUCUGAUGGCGCUGGCCCGUAGCAUCAUCGAGAUGGCGUUGCUCUCUACCUUGUCGGUGUCACCGCCGUCGCACACCAUCCAAGGUAUUCUACUUCUUCUAACCUGGCCAUUUCCCAAGGGUGACCAUCCCGAUGUGACGUUCCCGAUGGGCGGGAUUCUACUGCACAUUGCGAUGCAGAAUGGUCUCCAUAUCCCCAUGUCCAGCCACGAGUUCUCUCGCGUCAAGAUCGCAGCUCCCUCCGAACCGGACCUGCUUCGUCGUUCAGAAUUGUGGGCGCAUUCGGUGAUUGUUUACCAACGGGUCUGUGUGACCAAGGGUCAGCUUCCACGAGCUCUCGGCAAUCUUGGACAAGAUCCGGCACAACGCCAGGUGCUGUUUGAAAAGAUCGCGCCCUGGAUGGCGUUGAAGCUUCGCUGCCAGGAGCUUAUUGCCAAGUGUAGCGAAGCAGCCAUGGAAAACGGGAUGCGAACCAUGUCGCCAGACCAGGAGCGGGCAUUGGACAUCAUUCUGCGCAUGUAUGAAGAUCAAGUGGAUGACCUGGAGCUACAGACGGUGACUGACGACGAGAGGUUCGACACGGCUCUGUGCCGAAUGGCCAUUCAGAGCUUUCACUUCUACAAGAACCCGACAUCGGUCUCAAGUGGAUGCUACCAGCGCAUACUCGUCACCGCGUGCAGUUUGGUCGACUACAUCCGAUUACUCUCUGAUCGCGUCGGAUUCUUGUCGAUGGUACCCGUACAGAUGGGGUUCGCGUUACUCCUCGCUUCAACGUCGUUGCUCCGGAUCCUCAAGAGCAACGCGGCCUCUCAGGGCCUCGAAACUAGCCGUGCGCGCGCUUGCCUAUUUGCGGCGAUCAACCUAGCCCAGCAGAUGUCGGUUGACAGCGCCGACCUGGCCGCCAAGACGGUGACUGUCUUGAAGGCAGUCUGGAAUAGCAACAAGGCAUUCCGCAAGAUGGACGGGAGCGAGUACAAUUCUCUACGUAUCCGCAGCCGCCUGGUGUUGAGUCCCAUUUUAGACGUGGUCUGGUGGUGGCGUGACGAAUUCGAUCCCGGUUCUCGAAGCGUGAGGUCCGUGGUGGAACCAGCCCAGGGCAACGCCUACGCUCGUUCGCGGUACUCGGGCGUGGCGGAUGCGGGAUUGAGGCCAGUCAGCGACACCAAUCGAGAGAUCACCGGUGCAACAGCUGUAUCUGGAACACCUGAGCGAAACGAUGCCUUCUAUCUGGACGAGCAGUUCCUGGCCGACUUCGAGUGGGCACUAGGGGAUGAUGCGCUGUUCUCCUUGGAUCCUCUCCCCUCCAACUGGGCUGCAACGAACAACCUGCUUUGA